AUGGAACUCGUACUCUCUACUCUGCGUUCCGGCACGUCCGCUAUCUACUCCAUCUGCGUGCGUGCAACUGACGUCUUCGUAGAAGACGAAGACUUCGCUCGCGAUGCGGCCACCGUCAUCCUUGCGACCUUCACGACAAACGAACAAGCCGUCAACACGACAUUCAUCGUCAUCAUUGGAUCACUAGUAGCGGAUUACGGAGGGUCUGUAUCCGUCUCACAAGCGUCGUCGCUCGAUGCGCUAUCCGGCGCUCUCCGAACUGACAUGGACAUGAACCAGCUUCCAUCCGGUAGGAUUCUGCUUGCUAUAGUGCGCGCCGCAUCGCAAUGCGACGGUCCCGUUUCUGCUUGCACAGAGCGUGUCAAGAAGUAA